AUUGGGCGGGGCCUGUUCGAGCUGCCGCCAUGCUCCGCCCGGGGCUGUUGUGCUGCGCGCUGCUGCUCCGGCUGGGGCUUUGCCGCGGUCACUGGGCGCGGCCUCGGAACGUGCUGUUGCUUCUGGCGGACGAUGGAGGCUUUGAGAGUGGCACCUACAACAACAGCGCCAUCCAAACCCCACACAUGGAUGCGCUGGCCCGCCGCAGCCUCACCUUCCGUAAUGCCUUCACCUCUGUCAGCAGCUGCUCCCCCAGCCGCGCCAGCCUUCUCACCGGCCUGCCCCAACACCAGAAUGGAAUGUACGGCCUCCACCAGGAUGUCCACCACUUCAACUCCUUUGACGGCGUGCAGAGCCUGCCAUUGCUGCUCAGCCAAGCUGGUAUCCGCACAGUGCUCCUGUCUGCAGGCAUCAUUGGGAAGAAGCACGUGGGGCCCGAGGCCGUGUACCCCUUUGACUUUGCCCACACGGAGGAGAACGACUCCGUCCUGCAGGUGGGGCGUAACAUCACCAGGAUGAAGCUGCUGGUGCGGAAGUUCCUGCAGAUGCAGGAUGACAGGUCCUUCUUCCUCUACAUGGCCUUCCAUGACCCCCACCGCUGUGGCCACUCCCAGCCCCAGUAUGGGCCCUUCUGUGAGAAGUUUGGCAACGGGGAGCCAGGCAUGGGGUGGAUCCCAGACUGGACACCCCAGACCUACCACCCACAGGAUGUGCUGGUGCCUUAUUUUGUCCCUGACACCCCAGCAGCUCGAGCAGACCUAGCUGCCCAGUACACCACCAUCGGGCGCAUGGACCAAGGCAUUGGGCUGGUGUUGCAGGAGCUGCAGGGAGCUGGUGUUCUAAACAACACCCUGGUGAUCUUCACGUCUGACAACGGCAUCCCUUUCCCCAGCGGCAGGACCAACCUGUACUGGCCAGGCAUCGCAGAGCCCCUGCUGGUGUCAUCCCCGGAGCACCGGCAGCGCUGGGGCCAGGUCAGCGAGGCCUAUGUGAGCCUUCUAGACCUCACACCCACCAUCCUGGACUGGCUCUCUGUGCCCUACCCCAGCUACACCAUCUUUGGCAAGAAGACCGUGCAGCUCACAGGCCGCUCCCUCCUACCCGCGCUGGAGGCUGAGCCCCCCUGGGUCACUGUGUUCAGCAGCCAGAGCCAUCAUGAGGUCACUAUGGCCUACCCCAUGCGCUCUGUGCAGCAUGGGGACUUCCACCUCGUGCACAACCUGCACUUCAAGAUGCCCUUCCCCGUGGACCAGGAUUUCUACGUCUCGCCCACCUUCCAGGACCUCCUGAACCGCUCAGUGGCCGGCCAGCCCACAGCUUGGUACAAGGACCUUCACUGCUACUACUACCGGGACCGCUGGGAGCUCUACAACUGGCGCAGGGACCCCCACGAGACACACAACCUGGCGGCUGACCCAAGCCACACCCAGGUCCUGGAGCUCCUGCAGGCCCAGCUGGCCAAGUGGCAGUGGGACACCCAGGACCCUUGGGUGUGUGCACCCGAUGGUGUCUUGGAAGAUAAGCCAUUUCCCCAGUGCCGGCCUCUGCACAACGAGCUCUGAGGACCCCUAGCUUGCCCAGGGCCUCUGCCUAGUGGGAUGUGAGCACAGGAAUUCCAGGGGAACCCCCCAAACAGGAUAGGGUGGUCUGGAUAGAGGAAUCUUGUUUCUGAGAAGGUUUGGGGACCUGCAGGUAGAAGACCCAGGACUCUGGGGUGGGGGAGGGUGUGCCCAGACAUCCUGUGUCCUGGCCAAGAGAAGGGACUUUCAUAUGCCCUCAGGGGUCAGGACCAUCCUCCUCUGGUUUUAAUCGCCCCUGGUCUGGAGGAAGUGCUGAGUGAGCCUUGGGUUUCUGUCUGUUUCCUUCUCUGCCUGAGGUAGGUCCCUCCCUGCCCCACUGUCCAUCCCCUCCGCUCCUCAAUCAACCACCCUGGCCCUGGCAGACCAGAGCGCUAUAAAUAUAUUUCUAUUUUUGCAAAAUG